AUGCUCCCGGAUUCGCUGCCAGCGCCAGUAUGCGGGCAGUGUUUGGUGCCCGGCCCUGCGCUGCGGAAAGAGUCGGCUGGGAUGCGAGUGGGCAGGAUGCCAGGAAUUAUGGGCGUCUUGUUCUCUCGGGCGUUUGUGCUGCGCUCCGAUCGGGGAAGCGCUGCGCCACCGGCUACCGCGUACCUCGCUUUGCCAGGCAGCCAGGCAGCCGUGCAGCGCACGAGCACGAGCACGAGCACGAGCACGAGCACGCAGCGCGCAGGGAACCUCGCACUCAGCAGCAAGCGUGGGCUUCUUAGUAGGCUGCACGCGAAUGCCGGGGGAGCCCACACGCGCGCGAGUGGGGAGCGAGAGCGAAGAGAAGACACGGGCCCGGGGAUGGCGUAG